AUGGCUGAAGAGGGCCUUUUCCCCGCCAAUCUCCUCUCUCCAGAGGUGCAAUCGGUACUACCCGAGGGCUACAAGCUACGGGCGCUCCGGCGCAGCGACUUCGAUACGGGCUUCCUCGACUGCCUGCGUGUGCUGACGACGGUGGGCGAGAUUGGGAAAGAACAGUUCGAGGAGCGCUACGAGUGGCUGGCAAAGCAGGGCGACAGCUACUUCAUUCUCGUCAUUGAGGAUACCAAUGCUAGCCCGCCUAGGGUUGUCGGCACUGGCGCACUGCUUGUUGAGCGCAAAUUCAUCCACAAUCUCGGGUCAGUUGGCCACAUCGAAGACAUCGCUGUUGCCAAGGAUCAGCAGGGCAAGAAGCUGGGACUGCGCAUCAUAGAGGCGCUCGACUAUAUCGCUUCGCAGACCGGUUGCUACAAAACGAUCCUUGACUGCAGCGAACACAACGAAGGCUUUUAUGUCAAGUGCGGUUUCAGGAGAGUAGGCCUAGAGAUGGCGCACUACCACGAAGGCCCCAAGAGUAACAACACCCAAUAG